GCGCGGAUGUCCUGCGGCGCGCUGGGCUCCGCCCGCUGGAGCGCUGGGUGACCGUUGCGCCUCCUCACCUCAGGCGUGAGGGGCCCGGCGCAUGUGAAUCUAUGCUUGAAGCUGUAGCUGAUUAAAGAGUGCAGAGGCUUGUAUUGUUUUUCUUGGGAGAGAUAAGUGUCAGCAAUGGAGGCCCCAACGCAUGGCACCGUGCACCUGAGCGACUGGCAGAAAAGUUACUUUGCUAUUGCUUCUGGCACCUGCACACCCGGACAGAAGGCUGAUGAGUACCGUGCCAAAAUUCUGCGUAUUCAGUAUGCAUGGGCAAACUCUGAGAUCUCUCAGCUCUGUGCUGCCAACCUAUUUAAAAAAUACGCGGAGAAAUACUCUGCAAUUAUUGACUCUGACAACAUAGAGACUGGCUUGAAUAACUAUGCUGAAAACAUUUUGACUUUGGCAAAGUGUCAGCAAAAUGACAGUGACAAGUGGCAAUCUGCCUUGACAACAGAGAACGUACUUGAAUUGAAGUGUGUGCAAGAGAGGAUGCAGGCUGGCAGAAAUGUCCAGAGCUCUCAGAUGGCACCAGCAGAUGCCCUUGUACUAGCUGAUAAAGGGGUCAGUGCCUCCGCUGCUCCAGGCCUUCCUAGGCUCAGUGCCUUCAGCAGCACCGGUGAGAGUGAGCGCGGUGCUGGCUCAUCAAAAUGUGCAGGUCGAGGCCCACAUCUCCUUGAGCAUCCCUUGUCUUCAAAGUCUCUCCAAAGCAAUGUGCCUCCUGUGACCAAAACUUCAGAUAUACUUCCUGCGUCUUCUGCCUCCUUAAGCGAACAGAUUCAUACGGGGUUCCAGGCAGCACCGCUGUUUGGAAAUAGAGAAAUGACAAGUGGUGCUUCUCUGAAAAUUCCAGGUAACUGUAGUAAUGGACAGAAUUUGUCUCUUCCCAAUCAGUCAGCUGUACAAGCGUGGUCUGGGAAAAGAAAAGCGUUUUAUGGUUUGACUGAUAGAGGUAGCGCUGCCACUUCUAGCCUUGCUCCGUGCCAAGCUUCCAGUACUAUGGAAGCCAACAGUUUUUCAGGGAAUAGAAAUGGAAGUGAAGAGGGUGGUGUUCCUGGUUUUAGAACUGCAAAAGAACAGCUGUGGGUGGAUCAGCAAAAGAAACCUCAAAGCCUACAACAGCGUGCACCAGUCUCAUCGUAUGGAGGUGUAAAAAAAUCACUGGGUGCUGGUAGAUCUCGGGGUCCAUUUAGCAAGUUUGUUCCUCCGGUCCCAAAGCAGGAUGGAAAUGAAAACGGAGGGCAGUGUAAACCUCAUGCCAGAGCACCAACAGAUCCGUUACUUCCUGUAGAUGAACGACUGAAAAGUAUAGAACCAAAAAUGGUGGAACUCAUUAUGCAUGAGAUCAUGGACCAUGGGCCUCCUGUGAACUGGGAUGACAUUGCCGGAGUUGAAUUUGCUAAAGCUACAAUAAAAGAAAUUGUAGUCUGGCCUAUGCUGAGGCCAGACAUCUUUACUGGGUUACGUGGUCCUCCUAAAGGAAUUCUUCUCUUCGGUCCCCCUGGAACUGGCAAGACUCUAAUAGGGAAGUGCAUUGCUUGCCAAUCUGGAGCUACUUUUUUUAGCAUCAGUGCCUCCUCUCUGACUUCCAAAUGGGUAGGUGAGGGGGAAAAGAUGGUCCGUGCGCUGUUUGCCGUGGCACGAUGUCAACAGCCAGCAGUGAUUUUCAUCGAUGAAAUUGAUUCCCUGUUGUCUCAGCGUGGGGAUGGGGAGCACGAGUCUUCAAGAAGAAUAAAAACUGAAUUUCUGGUCCAGUUAGAUGGGGCGACAACCUCCUCUGAAGAUCGUAUUCUGGUGGUUGGUGCAACAAAUCGACCCCAAGAAAUCGAUGAGGCUGCCCGAAGGAGACUAGUGAAGAGACUGUACAUUCCCCUUCCAGAAGCUUCAGCUAGGAAGCAGAUUGUUACUCGUCUGAUGUCGAAGGAGCACAACUGUCUCAGCGAGGAGGAAAUUGAGCUUAUAGUUAAGCAAUCAGAUGGGUUUUCUGGGGCUGACAUGACACAGCUCUGUCGUGAAGCUUCUCUGGGCCCUAUCCGCAGUCUUCAGUCCAUGGACAUCACAACCAUCAUGCCAGAUCAAGUACGACCCAUUGCUUUUGUUGAUUUUGAGAGUGCCUUUGGAACCGUGCGGCCCAGCGUGUCCUUGAAGGACCUAGAGCUGUAUGAAACCUGGAACCGGACAUUUGGCUGCGGCAGAUAAUGCGUCAUAACUUCUGCAGAAACAGCUCUUUAGCACUGUUAUGUAUUAAACCUGCGAUCAUUUAGUGUACACUGCUUGUUGUUUUUAUUAGUUUUUGUAAUAAACCUUCUAAAUUUACACAGUCAGGUGUCCAGGUGCUGGCCCGGGUAUAGCUAACUGAACAAACUGAGGAAUUACAGAGAGCUUCUGUGAAGGAUGGAUGGGUGAGUUUCACUGAUGUUAAGGGGGAAAUGACAAAACUUUCUCUAUAAUUGAAGGGAAUAUUGGGGCUACCUGGGGAUGCAAUCUUGCACAGCCAGCUGUGCUUUAUCAGUAAUACAAGGCUGAGGUGACCCAGGUAAUGAUAUCAGAAAUACAUAAUUUUGUUAGGGGUGUUGCAAAGCUGGAGCUGAUGGGGAAAGUAAUUAGGGGCACAUUUAGGUGGAAGGAGACAGGAACACAGGAAGGAAGGAGUCGUGGUGGAUGAGGGAAGAAACUCAUAUGAAAAAUAGAAGGGGGAGGAAAGAGAACGAUGUCAUGUAAAUAGUGGUGUUCUUGUCUGACUGAGCCCUGCCCGCAUCACUGUUGUCUAUUCCCAGCUUGUUAUUAAACUCUCUGAUUGCUUUUCAGUUUGACCUUGUUUUCUGUUCUGUGUCUGUGUGCAUGCCAUGCCUCAUCAGGAGGGCACCAACAACUGUAGAAGAGGCCAUGGGUCACAGGGGGCUGUAGGCUCUCAGGGCCAGCCAUGGACUCGCUGUUGUACGUGGGGGCGUGGUGCUUCUGUCUGUGCAAAAUUCACUAGAAAAAUUAGAAAAAGAAUAUUCAGCUGGCAAGUGGGAGGAAAGCAGCAUGUGGAAUGAGCCAAAGUAUGGCCUGUUGGCAGGGAAGACGGGGCUCAGGGUUUUGCUACGACUAUUGCACGAACUUAGAUCCCAUGGCAAUGCUUGAAGGACUUGUGAACACGGUGUUCUUGUGAAGCUAGAGAGUGAGGGGGCCUGGGUGUACUGCUGGUGAGCUUCAGGCCUGUUCACCUGGAGACAAGGAAUGAAAUAGGACUGUCUGUAGUGUCGAGUUUAUGCUAUUAGAUAGGAAGGAGAAAUCCCUUGUCCCAAAGUCAACUACUUAAAAUGUUUUCUAAUAACUAUGGUAAAAUUAGUAACGAGGUUCUAUUUGGUAUUCUUACCUAAGGGUUUAAAGAAAGGCUCUGCCAUUUUGUUCUCAGAAUCCAUCCUUGCCCACUGGCUGGAUAGAGUUGCCUCUGAACCGAAAACAUGUGGAACGCUUUCAAUUUGAACAAUUUUAUUCGUGUGGCAGGGCUGACUACAGUGGUAUCUGGGGUUUAUUUUCACUUUCUCUAAAGCACUUUUCCUUCUAUUAGGAGAGACGCUGAACUUAAAAGCUAGUCUUAGAUUUUUCUAAAAUGGGAUAAGUUACUGAUGCUGUUUAGCUAACAUUUUUUAAAGCCAUUCGGGAGCUACAGAAGACUAUGAGACUAGCGAAGCUUCAUUUUGGAAUAAUUUGGAAGGUUUAGCGUUUCUUUUUGUUUCAUCAGGAUGAGCCCUAAAAAUCGGUUCUAGUUUAUGUCUUUAGAAGUAUGAUCUGUGUUAGGGAUUGUUUUGCAGAGAUGUAAAAAUUCAGGUAUGUGAAUUUAUCUUAAUUUUUGAAACGGUGGAAAUAGAAGGAUUUGGUUAUAAACUAGUUGUGUCACUUUAGCGUUGGGGAGCUAUAAACAUGCUUUAGGCAAUAUGUCUGUUCUUUCCAAAGACCUUAAACCCUAAUGAAAAUAUGUUCUUUAAAAUCUGAAUGAAAACCCCAGAGAAUUUUAAUUGUUUAGUAGAACUCAAGAGUUAUUCAAACGUAAUUGAAAACUGUGUCUUCUUAAAUAACUGCCAUAUUAAUGCUGAAAACUAAUCCGGUGUGCUCUGUGAGUGUAUCUUUCACAUACGUAUCUUAAUAUUGUUUUUUUAUUUUUUUAAUAGAGGGCUCUACUGAAAAGACCAGUGAGAGUGCAUGUGACAAUAGACAGUAAAGUGCCUCCUAAGAUGGCAGGGACUGGGAAAGAAAUACUGUGCUGCUGCGUUUGUUUUCUGCAAAAUGAAACUCGUGAAAGUUGUUCCAUUCCCUGGAGUCUUUCAAGGUGUGGCUGGAUCAGGCCCAGGGCAACCUGAUCUAGCCGUGGUGCCCCUGUUGAUUGCAGGGGAGUUGGACUAGAUGGUCUUCAGAGGUCCCUUCCAACUCUAAGGAUUCUAUGAUUCUAUGAAAGAGAGAAAAGGCAGAACCACAGCACCAGAUAGCAGCAUUUGUCCUCCAGCUGCUUACACUAUUCAUUACUUUAUAGUCUUGAAUGACAUGAACAUGCUUUGUUCAUGUCAUGAACAUAAAGUUCAUAUAGAAGUAGAAGAAAGGAAACUUUUCCUUUCUUUGUACUGAUGCAACUAAAUGACAAUCUCUUCAGCCAUCUAGCAAUAUUCAGGCUUUGCUGUGGGAUUCAAGUCAGCAGGACUUCCAAAAUUAGCCCAAUACGUAUUUCAUAACCCACUAUAACAGUGCCACCAAAAUUUCAUUCCCUUGUAACAUAAUUUCACAAAAAUAUAGAAAAUUGCACAGAAGUAGGGCAUGAUUGCAAUUUAAGGGAAAUGGUGCAGAUAAAUCCGCUUUAAUGGAUCUAUUUAGUGUAUGCAGAAACUUAUGUACUUCAUUAUUUAUUCUUUUUGGCUGGCUGAACUUAGAAAUGCAGGACUCUCCUUUGGUUUUGUGGUUCAGUAACAUUUGGUGCACAAUCUCUUAGUUUCUCUUAAAUAAAGGUAAAUAAUUUCAGUCCCGGAAAGGUGAGCUCUUAUUAAUAAUCAAUGCAGUCCACACUCUUUUCACUCUCUCAGUGCAUCUUGUAUUUAAAGGUAGCUAAAUUGUCUUGGAGCAUUUUGAAAUCUGUAGGUGAAUUUUCAUUUGUAGAAAACUGUGCCAACACGAGUAGGGAAAAAGCUGAUGAAGCAGCAAUGAUCGUCAUUUACUAAUGGCAUGUGGAAGAAAAACAGGUUGUCCGAUUGAAAUAAUGCAAUUUCUGUUUUUCUAUCAGAAAUUACUUCUCCCAAACCACCAUGUAAUUGGAAGAAAAAAAAAAAAAGACACAAAACAGACAUCAGCAACAAAAGCACCAAAUGAGCAAGCAGAAAAACUGCUUCCUAUUAAAGUUAUAAUUUUGUUGGAAAUAGCAGACUGCUCACAGUAAGCACAUGUGUUUACUAAGAAGAUGCUGAGAACUACGGAUACACAAACAUUGCUUGCACUUGUCUUCAAGCUCAUUGGCACACUUUCCUUUGAAAUUUAAAUGAAAACUCAGGUUUGGGACACUUUUGAAAGAAAUCUUAGGAGUAGUUCUCUUAACUAAAGAGAUACUCGUGGGUUAGCCUUGGCUAACAGCCAGAUGACCACCCAGCAGCUUGCUUGUUCCCCUGCCUUUAUGGGAUAGGGCAGAAAAGUGAGGUAGCAGGUUGAGAUAAAGACAGAUUGCUCAUCAGUUAUUGUUGUGAGCAAAACUGACUGAACUUGGGGAAAAUUAGUUUAUUGUCAGUUAGAAGAGAUUUGGGUAGUGAAAAACAAAGGCAAACAUUCUAACCACUGCUUUCUUCCCUACUGCUUUAAGCUCAACUUCACUUCCACUCUUCUCCCCAGGUGGUGCAGCAGAGACAUUGCGGUCAGUUCAUAGCAGUUCCUCUCUGUAGUGCCUUCCCUCUUACGCUUUCCCUCUGCUCUAGCAUAGGCUCCCAGUGGGCCGCAGUUUUUUCAGGAUAUCCGUCUACUCCAGCAUGGGCUGCGUAUGGUCAGCAGUAUUGCUUUGUAGUCAAGCAAAUAUCUGCAACUCCUCCUUUCUCUUUGAACUUUGCAUUCUCUCUGCUGUUUCUCACUCUUUUCUUUCUCUCCUCCUCUUUCUGUUGUCCUGUUUCCCCCGUCCCCUCUUCCUUAAAUAUGUUUUCCCAGAAACACCAUAGAUGUAGCUGAUGUGCUCAGCUGUGUUCUAUAGCGGGUUCAUUGUGAUGAGGACUGGAACCAGCUGUAUCUGGCACUGGGCAACCCCUGACCUCUUCACACGGGAGGCCACCCCUAUAGCCCCUCCCACUACCAAAACCUUGACACCUAACACUCAAUAUAGAUGCCUCUAGGAGAACAAUUCACAUAGUUACAGUGCUUAGUGAGGAUGCUGACACAAAAUUUGCAAGGCAUUUCUUAACUUUAUUUGUUAGUGUUUUAUUGCCAUUCUUAACUGCAGCAAAGCAGUCAUGUACAGUGCUGCAGCCAUAAGCUAAAAUUGUAGUAAUUAAUCAAUACUACCUGUUUUUGUCCCGUUAGGUCAGAAAGUUCAUAUGAAAAGCCAAAAUUGUGUUAUUGUAAAGUUACAAGUCUGGAAAGUACUCUAAGAAAUCAUAACAUUCUGAGUUCACGUAGAAUUCAUGUGCAUUAGUUUUUGUGAUUCCUGGUACUUUACUUUGAAUGCAUGUGAUCAUGUGAUGAUACUUAUGACCCACUCUCCAUACAGCAUUUGCUGCAAUGCAAACACAAUUUGAUAAACAUUUUCUGUUAAUUAUUGAUGAAACAGUUUUCUUGUCCCAAUUCUUCUUUAGCAAGAUUGAAGGAAGGCAAGAUUUUUACUCGGGUAGAUAGUGAUUAGACAAGGGGGAAUGGUUUUAAGCUCAAGGUGGGAAGGUUUAGAUGAGAUGGCAGGGGGGAAGUUCUUCACAGAGAGAGUGGUGAGGUGCUGGAACAGGCUGCCCAGAGAAGCUGUGGAUGCCCCAUCCCUGGAGGUGUUCAAAGCCAGGUUGGAUGGGGCUCUGGCCAACCUGGUCUAGUACCAGAUCUGGAGGUUGGUGGUCUUGCCUGGGGCAGGGGGGUAGGAACUUGAUGAUCCUUUGGGUCCUUUCCAACCCAAACCAUUCUAUGAUUCUUCCCUAAUGCCUCAUCUACAUUAGUGUAAUGUACACUUUUUCUGUCUUAUCCUAUUCUUAUUACUCAUUGAGUAAUAACUCACUGCUAUCACUUGGCAUUGCUGUACUAUCUAGACCACACACAUCUUGUACAUCUUUCUAAAGAUGUCCUGUACAUUAGGCUUCUGAUUGCUUCUGCGGGUUCAUCUCUCUCCUACAUUGAGUUACCCCAACCAGGACAGCGCUCAUCAAUGACAAAGGUUGGAACUAGUGUGGAGUGGAAGGGCUGAACAUGGGUGCCAAUGUGGAAGAUGGUGAACUAUUCAUUGGAGCAUGAUGCUUGUUUUUACUCUUCAGAUUAGAGGUCAUCUUCAGCAAAAUUGUUCAGAAGUUGUGUUUUCUCAUCUUUCCUAGCUUGCUGUUAACAACAAAGUUAUGCAGAGGAACCUCUCUUUUCUAUCACUGAAUUCAUUAAGGAAAACAUUGACACUGAAGCAGGAAGGACCUGAAAUUUUUGAUGGUCUUCCAGUUCAGCUAUAACUGCACUUUGAAAAUGGUUUUACAAUUAACCGUGUACUGGUAUUGCAAUAGUUUAAUAAUUUAUAUUGUAAGAGUUGUAAAAGACUCACAGAAGGUAAUUCCCAUGUUGCCAAGGCAUAUUGCCUGUUCAAGAAGGUUAUUAGAUUGUUUCCUUGUGGAGGAGAUUGCAGCAGCAAGCAAAAGGCAGUGUUUUUCAGAAGGUUAAGUCUUGAGGAAAGUGAAUAUCAGCUGUAGGCAUGUUGAAGAGGGACUGAAUGUGCUUUUUGGCUGGAAGAGGGAUGAUGCAGUACUUCUUCGUGGUAGGUUACUGUGGGAAAGGGGAACAAUUGCCAUUUCUCCAUAUGGGCAUGAGUGGAGUCAUUAGCUGAGCAGGAGUCAGGUUAUAGUCCAUCCUGACUACGAGUAAGAGGUGCAUGUGGUCUUAAAUUCUCUACAGCAACAUAAGCCUGUGUUUAGACAAGAGCACAGCUUUAUUUCAGGUAUAUUAGCUUGUAGACUUCAUGGUUAGUGUGACAUCUUUUAUUUGGUACCUGUUUCAGCUAAUGACUGCUUACGCUUGCAAAUCUGAUGUAGUCAAUGAAAUUUCUUAGAAGAGCUUUCAUGAAGCAGCUUCUGGUAAUGCACUUAAUUCAAUAUCCUGAAGAAGGAGAACUUUGGCCUUCAUUAUUAUGUCAGCUAUGGAUUUUUUUUUUUCUAAUGUAAAAAUAAGAGAUGUGAGAUUGACAUAGGCUGUUUGAAUGCUCUCAGCAUAUUGCAUUUCUUGCAUACCAAUUAUUUACAAGAUGAGGUGAUUCAAGUUAGAAGAAAUUAUUGCUUUUCCAUUCCUCCACUGCACCAGUUUGCAGCCCGCAGUCGUGUUGUAUGUAGUAACAAGUAGUUGCAGUCUGUAGAGCAUUGGGUUUUGAACUGUAGUAGCUGACAGAUUCCAUUUGUGUUUAGCAAUUUGUGCUUAGUUAGAUGGAAACAUCCAAUUUCUGUUUAGCCAUUGUGCCAGAAGAAGUUGCUGCUCUCAGCCCUCCCGCUGAACCCAACAGGGAUGGAUGACAAAUUGGAGGUACUGGCAUGGCUUGCCGCAAACCCAGAGUGGUUAUAAAUCUCUUGCAGUUACGAAUGUAGCCAUGUAAGUAGGCUCCUGAUUUUUCUUUAAUUCUGGAGACUUCCCCCCCACCCACCCCCAGCACG